AUGUGUGUAUCUGUGAUGUGUGUAUCUGUUCUGUGGACUCACAGUGAUCAGACUCUUUCUCUCCCCUCACGUUCCACAGGUCACAUCGGGAUCGCAGUUCCUGACGUCUACGAAGCGUGCAAACUGUUCGAAGAACAAGGAGUGACGUUCGUGAAGAAGCCCGACGAUGGUAAAAUGAAAGGCUUGGCUUUCAUCCAAGACCCUGACGGUUACUGGAUCGAGAUCCUGAGUCCCAACAACAUGGUGUCCAUAACCUCCUAAAGACUGUGACGACGCCGGCCGCUCUCGCUGCGUUGGCUUGGCUGGAAGAGCAGAACGCCGAUUUGUUUAGCGAAACACAUUUAGCAACGAGAACGUGAGAGAUCAGUGGAAACGGAGCGCGAUCUCUCGUGUGCAAAGGCACGGCCUGGACUUCUUAUUGAACAAAUAAGUUAAAAAAAAAAGAUUAGAUACCUGAAUUGUUGCUAUGGAUACGACUUCCUUUUUGUAGCUGCUGAGUUUGUCAUCAUUUUCAGUUUGUGUAUAAAAAAAAGAGACGCUGAAAUAAAGUGAUAUGACUUUAUAAAGGUGACGGUCCCUGUU